AUGGGCAUGGGGCUUACCGAGGUCAUUCCGAGCAGGAUUAUGCCUAGCAGCACUUCAUCCUUCACAGGAUACGGUAACGACAACAAAGACAAUGUUUGGUCAAUGGUCGUCUCGCCAGAGUUGACCAUUGCAGAAUUGUUGAUCUUGCACAGCUCUGUUGAGAUCUCGGAGAUUGCCUCGGUCUGGAAGCUUAGAGGCGUGGUCGAGGUGCAGUCGUCUCUAUGGAAGUGGGAGGCGGACAUGUUCAUGACGCAAAGAAAGAGUAGGCGUGAGCCUACCAUCAUUUCCAGGACGUUUGAUCGAAAAGGACUCUGGCUGGAGUCGAAUGACGAGCUUAUUGGACAAACGAGCGAAAAGUAA